AUGGCUGAAGAGCGCCCCAAUGCUGAAGCUGAAGCGCCAUUGGGACGUCAACCUUCGAAAACCGACAGCAAAAUCAACACUCGUCGUAGGAGUGACGCUACUCAUUCUCAUUCCGCGCCAUUGGUCAAUCGCAUAAAGGGCGCCGCUGCCGACCUAUACCAAAAGACUGUUGUCGAACUUAUCCUACGUCGCAAACAUAUUGUUGCGUCAACCGAUGGACGCCACGUACCCCUCCAACUCGAACACGAAUCGCCCUUGAUCGAUGAUCGCCGUGGUCUUCCCUAUGUUUCAAACAGCAUCCGAACAUCUCGUUAUACAGUAUGGGACUUUAUACCGAAACAGUUGUUCUUCCAAUUCUCCCGCGUCGGAAACUUCUACUUCCUGUGCGUUGGUGUACCGCAGAUGGUCCCAGGCCUCUCAACGACCGGUUCUUACACGACGAUUUUACCUCUGUUGUUCUUCGUACUUUUGACGAUAGUGAAGGAAGGAUACGAUGAUUACCGAAGAUACCGCCUUGACAAGAUUGAGAAUGCCGGCUUCGCGACAGUGUUAGGACGGGAAGACAAAUAUACUGGAAAGAUCAAGCCAGUCACCAAAUGGAGGAAAUGGAAUCCCUUCCUGACCAAUUCUAAGGCCGAACCUCACCCCGCCCCCGACGAAGAAUUCAACGGUCUACGAUGGGUUCCUGUGAGAUGGAGCGAGAUAAAGGUUGGAGAUAUCAUCAGGCUCUGCCGAGACGAGCCCAUACCUGCCGAUCUUAUUCUACUGGACAGCGACGGAGAGAACAAAUUGGCCUAUAUCGAAACCAUGGCACUUGAUGGCGAAACCAACCUCAAGAGUAAACAAGUUACGCACGCCCUGGAGGGUUGCGAAACGAUCGAGGGUAUCUCAAAAUGCAGAGCCGAGUUUGUCGUCGAAGAUCCCAAUCCAGACCUCUACAACUUUGACGGACGUGUCACAGUCAACGAAAAGACAGUUCCUUUGACUUCGAGUGAGGUUAUCUAUCGUGGAAGCAUUGUUCGAAACACCAAUGCGGCAAUUGGCCUAGUUAUCAAUACCGGAGAGGACUGCAAGAUUCGCAUGAAUGCCAACAAACAUCCCAAAGCAAAGAAGCCGGCUCUGGAGCGCGUGGUUAACAAAAUUGUCGUUACCCUUGCCACUUACGUUGUUGUUCUGUCUGUUGGUGUGUCGAUGGGUUAUGUCAACUGGCAGAAGAGCACCGAGAGGCAUUCAUGGUAUUUGGAACAGGCCAAGGUGCCAUUCUACCAAAUCAUCAUUGCCUUCAUCAUCAUGUUCAACAACGUUGUCCCGCUGGCACUCUACAUCAGUCUGGAGAUUGUGAAAAUUGGUCAGUUGUUGAAUGUGAACGGAGAUCUUGAGAUGUACGAUGAGGAAACGGAUACGCCUGCACGAUGCAAUACGAACACGAUUUUGGAAAACCUUGGUCAAGUAGGGUACAUUUUCUCGGACAAGACGGGCACAUUGACGGACAACGUUAUGAAGUUUCGAAAGAUUAGCGUUGCUGGAACUGUGUGGCUGCACGAGAUGGAUCUGGAACAAAAGGUCGAUGAGAUCGAUGCCCUCAAACUCGAUGAAGAGACAGAACCCAGUGAACCUUCGGUAUAUAAGGCGGAACCUGUGACCGUUGUCAUCAGGGAAGAACAAGCCGAAGGAUCGAACGAACCAUCGACACCUCUGGCUCUUCCGUCACCAUCUCAUAUGUCACCUCGCCCCUCAAUGUCUCGUCGACCGUCCAUGGCACCGUCCAGGCCUUCAAUGGCACCUUCACGAACAUCAUUUGGAAGCCGGAGGUCAUCGUCCCAAUGGCGUUCUACUGGACGUCCGGAUCAUAUCCAACCCGAUGUGACGACCAAUGAUCUUAUCGAAUAUCUCCGUCUUCGACCAAACUCUGGAUUCGCAAGGAAGGCAAAACAAUACAUUUUAGCCGUGGCCCUGUGUCAUACUUGCUUGCCUGAACACAAGGAGAAUGGAGAGCUGGAGUUUCAAGCAGCAUCCCCUGACGAGCUUGCUCUUGUCAAAGCUGCCCAGGAGCUGGGUUACCUCGUCAUCAACAGAACAACUCAGACUAUCACCUUGCGAAUAACUCAGCCCGACGGCCAGGAGGAAGAGUCUAAAUAUGAAGUCCUUGAUGUUAUUGAGUUUACCAGUGCGCGAAAGAAGAUGUCGAUUCUUGUUCGUUUCCCCGACGGUCGGGUGUCUGUGAUCUGCAAGGGAGCGGAUUCUGCCAUUCUUCCACGUCUUAAGAUGUCGCAGAUCGCUAAGCAAAAGGCAACUGAAGUGCGCAAGAGUGCUGAUAUUGAACAUGAGAUGCGUCGACGCAGUGAGCAGCAAGAACCACGGAAUAGUUUUGGUGGAAGGCCCAGUCUUACAAUUCGACGAAACCCUGGCGUGUCGAGGGAUCGAAGCACAAGCAGACGGCCCAAUAUGGACAGGAGCAAGUCGUUUGAGUUUGGACGGCUUGCUAGACGGUCUGAAGAUAAGCCUCGUCUGUCUAUCGCAACUCGUGGUGUGUCAAUUGAUAUGCCUCGUGGUCAAUAUCUAAACACUCCUGUCCAUUACCAGCAACCCAUUCCUGACCAUCUUUCUUUCCUCGAGGACCCCUCGCUUCUCGACGACUCUGAAACUUUUACCAAGUGCUUCAAGCAUCUCGAUGACUUUGCAACAGAAGGUCUCCGCACCUUACUCUUUGCGCAAAGGUUCAUCACAGAACAGGAGUAUCAGGCUUGGAAGAAGGUCUGGGACGAAGCCACGACUAGCCUCAACAAUCGGCAACAGCGUAUUGAAGAGGCGGGUGAUAUGAUUGAGCAGUCAUUCGACCUGGUUGGUGCAACUGCUAUAGAAGACAAGUUGCAGAAGGGGGUGCCUGAAACGAUUGAAAGGUUGCGAAAGGCCAACAUCAAAAUCUGGAUGCUUACAGGCGACAAGCGAGAAACUGCUAUCAACAUUGCUCACUCUGCUCGAAUUUGUCGACCCGGAUCCGAUCUAUACAUUCUCGAUGUCAGCAAGGGCGGCUUAGAUUCACAACUGAUCGCUUUGCAAGAAGACCUUCAAGCAGGCUCUGUCCACAGUGUGGUCGUCAUUGAUGGCCAGACCCUUGCGGCUGUUGAAAAGUCACCAGAAUUAUCUGCUCAGUUCUUCAAGGUGAUGCUGCAGGUCGAUUCAGUUAUUUGCUGCCGAGCCUCUCCAGCCCAGAAAGCACUGCUUGUCAGCACCGUCAGGUCCCGAUUGAAGAAGUACCGAGGUAAGCAACGACGAGGACUCACCUUGGCCAUCGGCGACGGUGCAAACGAUUUGGCUAUGAUAUCAGCCAGUCAUGUCGGCAUUGGUAUCUCCGGAAAGGAAGGCCUUCAAGCUGCUCGUGUGGCGGAUUACGCAAUCGCUCAGUUCAGAUUCCUGCAACGAAUGCUACUUGUCCACGGACGAUGGAACUACGUCCGGACUGCCAAAUUCAUUCUGUAUACGUUCUGGAAGGAGAUGUUUUUCUAUCUGCCAACAGCGCAGUACCAGAGAUAUACAGGUUACAGUGGUACAUCACUGUACGAAGCUACUAGCUUGACCGUGUUCAACACUUUGUUCACCAGUCUCUGUGUUAUUUGCAUGGGUAUUUGGGAGCAGGAUCUCAGUGCUGAAACGUUAUUGGCUGUUCCUGAGCUUUACGUCUACGGACAACGGAACCAAGGCCUCAAUAUCUGGAAGUUUGGUCGGUGGAUGCUCCUUGGUGCUAUAGAAGGUGUGAUCUGUUGGUACGCUGUCUGGGCUGGCCAUGGCUGGAUAACACCCGCAGCUCGCGACCAAGGAUUGUAUGCCCUUGGUACGCUCACGUUUACAGUUGGAGUCCUCUGGAUCAACUGGAAACUUUUCAUAUUUGAAACACACUACAAAACUAUGAUUGUCAUGGUGUCUUUCUUUGUCACAACAGUUGGCUGGUUCGCCUGGCUGUCUUUCUUGGACGCGGCAUUUGCGGCUCAGCCGUCCGGGCCAUAUGCCAUCAGUGAUAGUUUCACAACCCUAUUCGGUGACGAUGCAGUAUGGUGGGCAACACUUUUCAUCGCCCUCGGCCUCAUAGGACUAUUCGAGAUUGUACUCAAGUGCGUCAAGCGCCUUCUUCUCAUGUACGGGCUUUGGGACUGGCCACCCUGGGGAAAGAGUCGACGCGGCGAAAACAUUGAAGAGUGGGAUGUCGAGCUAUGGCAGGAGUUGGAACAGGAUCCUGCCUUGCGUCAACGGCUUAAACGCAUGGCUCGUGAUGAGUCAGUGGAAGAGGAGGAGGAUGUUGAUCUGGCACAGAUCCGCAUCGAGGAAGACAUUCGGGGGAGGUGA